UUCCCUUUCCUCUGCUGGGGCUAAAAGACAACAUGGACAAAUCUUCAGAUGCUCUGACUUGGAGAUGCUUCUUGCUUCUUGGGAAGAUGCAGCUAAUCCUGCUCCUGUUGGACUUCCUUCUGCUCCCCAGAGCAGAGGCAGGAGAGAUCAUCGGGGGACAUGAAGCCAAACCCCACUCCCGCCCCUACAUGGCUUACCUUAGGAUCAGGCAUGAGAAAUCUAGGAAAGUUUGUGGUGGCUUCCUGAUUCAAGAGGACUUUGUGCUGACAGCUUCUCACUGUUUACAUGGCCAAAUAGAGGUCACCUUGGGGGCCCACAACAUCAAGGAACAAGAGGACACUCAGCAGGUCUUCCGUGUACAAAAUGCGUUUCCUCACCAAGACUUUAUUUGGGGAAAACGCAUCAAUGACAUCAUGCUGCUGAAGCUGGAGAAAAAGGCCAAGCUGACUAAAGCUGUGCAGCUCCUCAAGCUGCCCAAGGGGACGACCCAGGUGAAGCCAGGUACCCGGUGCCAGGUGGCUGGAUGGGGACGAUUGUUCCCAGAGGGAACACAUUCAAAAACACUGCAGGAAGUGGAGAUGGUAGUGCAGAAUGACGAGAAGUGUGAGGACCGCUUUAAAAAGUAUGAUCGUGCUACUGAGAUUUGUGUGGGAGACCCCAAGAUUAACAAUACUUCGUUUAAGGGUGACUCUGGAGGCCCCCUGGUGUGUAAUAAUGUGGCACAGGGCAUUUUCUCCUAUGUAUCAAAGAAUGGAACAACACCAUGUAUCUUUACCAAAGUCUCAUGGUUUCAACAGUGGAUAAAGAAUACUAUAAAACAGAGCUGACUGCACACAGUAAAGUAAAUCCCCUCUAUGAGCAACCAUCUUACCUGGAGCUGAGUCUAGAAUCACUCUAGAGCAGAUGCCAGCAACUAAAUAAAUGUUUCAUCUCAGUGGAAGGCUAGUUUCUUGUUUGCUCACUUAUGUUGGUUCAUGGGGACCAACUCUGUGCUAAGCAGGACAGUGACACAGUUCUGAUGAUUUCUGCCUCCUCCACUCCUUCUCCACUCAAUACUUUUCCAAAUCCCCUCUCAAAACUUUUACCAAGCUUUGCCUUAUACACUUUAGCUUCUCCACAGCCUCUCUUUUUGCAAGGGCUACAGUUAAGCACCAACUGAAGAAAAAGUGGACAUCUUUCUUUCUAGGGCUCUAGUGGAACAUGUGACUCCUUUUAUGUCACAUGUAGAGGGGAAGGGGAUGAAUUCAUGGGUCCUGGAGUUCAUCCAGGCACCACUGAGGUCGCAACAGGACCCUAUCAGGCUCCAUAGAGGAAGGAUAUUCCUGAACAGGACAUUUCUCUCCCACAGCUUUAGGGAUACACAUGGAGUGCUGGUUAACCUGACUGACUCUUUAUCUUCACCUGAAAUUUGUUUCCUUCUACAUUCUGCUCUAAGACCAAGGCUAACCUUGGCUUACAGCCACCUGGCUGCCCAUUUUUAUCCCUCUGAGAGUUGUCACUGUCUACCAACUACUCCCCUUAUGAGGCCACACUGAUUUGAUAUUGUAACCUCUUCCAAUCUCCCAAUCCAGGACCCAAACCUGUCUCUCUUCACAAGUUAAUGAAACCUUGGUUCAGAACUGGGUGGUGGCAUUUAUUCUGCUUAGCUAUUGUUCUGACUGGACCCAGGAAUACCUUGGUUCCCCACAACUACAGAUACUGGUUUAACUCUUUAUUCAUGGCAUGAAUUUCACUGGAAUUCGUAGACUGAAAUUUAUUUAUUAGAAUUCCCAUAACUUUUCCGGGAUUUACCAAUAUAAUCUCCUCCUUACUGUGACAAUACUGGAACAGUUUCUGUAUUAGUGCGUACAAAGUGCUAGGCCAGAGGCUGGGGAUUAGUUCACCUGCCAAGGCACCUGCCAGGCAAUCACAAAUUAUUGAGCUCAGUCCUAGUUAAAAAACAAAAAAUAGUACCAGGUCUUAGGUUCUAUGAUGAACAUAAUCAUAGAUCCCAGUGAAGCUGGUAUGGUCAAAGACUUUCGAACUUAACUCUUUCUCCAUCCUCCAGAUUGCCCAAUGAAGCCUGUGUGGAAAACCUGGGAAAUAAAACAUCUUAUUUAUAUUUCUGCUUACAGUUUCUAUCAACAUUAUCACAUGAUACUUCAAAACUGUAUGAAAUUUAAAAAUGACCGUAGUCACACACUUUUCAGAUAUGAAGUUGCUAAAUGAUUCAAAAGAGGGCCCAUAAGUGAUAAGAUAAUGAAGCAGGCUUAUUUUCAUUUGUUUGAAAGGAAACAGAUAUAAAUGUUAUCAUACAAAAUCCAGUUAUAGGAAAUGCACAUGCCCAGUCAACCUGCUGGAAACCAUAAUACCUGUCAGCACUA